AUGCACUCUGAUCACUGGCCAAAGAGCCCUGCUGCCAGCUGUCUGAAAGAUGACUCAGAGUUACGCAAGUCAACAUUUUGCGCCCUAAAUGUAGUGACCUCCAAAGCAGAAAUUCCUGAUGCCAGCCAGUUUACAACUUACAGAGAAUUACUGGAAGCUACUGCACGAUGUGUCCAUGGGGUGGCAAAUGGAGAACCACUAACAGCUGGAGACUUCCUACAAGCAGAAAUCCUUCAGUGGAGAGCAUCUCAGCUGGAUAGUUUCUUUGAUGACUUCCAAUGCCUGAAACAAGGUAAACCUCUUCCUUCUAACAGUAAACUACUCACCUUGAGUCCAGAGCUGGAUAAAGAGAUGGAUGUUAUUAGAGUGGGGGGAAGACUUCGACGAGCCGAAGCACUCGACAUAGUAACUAAGCACCCAAUUGUCCUUGACCCUAGUCAUGCCCUUACCAAGCUCAUCAUUCAAGAUUAUGAUCACCAGUUGAAACAUCCUGGCCCAGAGAGAGUCCUGGCUGAAGUCAGAAGGAAGUUUUGGAUUCUGCGUGGCAGAGAGGCCAUCCGCAAUCACCAGUUUCGAUGCACUGACUGUCGGAGAUGGAGAGCCAGCCCAAAAAUCCCACAAAUGUCAGACUUACCUGUAGCUCGACUUCAAUUAUUUAAGCCUGCAUUUUAUUCCACAGGGAUGGAUUGCUUUGGGCCCUUCUCAGUAAAGAUUGGACGGAGAGUGGAGAAAAGAUGGGGAAUAAUUUGGAAGUGUUUGACAACCAGAUGCAUCUACUUAGACAUACUAGCAAGUAUUGACACUGAUUCCUUCCUUAUGGCAUUUAGGAGGUUUGCGGCACGUAGAGGAACACCCUUCGAACUUUGGUCUGAUCAAGGGACUAAUUUUAAAGGCGGGGAGAGAGAAUUGCAUGAAGCCUUCAAAAGUAUGUCACCUGAGUUACAGCUACAGUUAGCGAAGCAGAAAGUUCACUUCCGCUUCAACCCACCUGGAGCCCCUCAUUUCGGAGGAGCAUGGGAACGGGAGAUACGAUCUGUUAAAUCAGCUCUGUAUGCUUCUGUGGGUGCUCAAUCUGUUACAGAGGAAGUCCUCAGGACAGUGUUAACUGAGGUAGAGGGAAUACUGAACUCCAAGCCUCUUGGAUACCUAUCCUCUGACGUUUCAGAUAUUGAUCCUGUUACCCCGAAUCACCUUCUCAUGGGGCGGCUUGACGGCUCUCUCCCACAAGUUGUAUAUCCUCAAAGCGAAAUGAUCAGUCGGAAACGAUGGCGCCACAGUCAGAUCCUCACUGACUUAUUCUGGUCUGCGUUCAUCAAGUACUAUCUACCCAAUCUGCAAACUCGAUCUAAAUGGCAGAAGGAUGUCGAGGACAUUGCCAUUGGAAACGUUGUUAUGCUGGUAGACCCCCAAUUGCCUAGAGCUAUGUGGUUGAUCGGAAAGGUCACCAAUGUCAUGCCAAGUUCAGAUGGUCAUAUCAGAACUGCGGAAGUGCUCAUCAAGGGACGGACUUAUACCAGACCAGUUUCAAGGAUGAUUGUACUUCCUGCCAUUCCUGAUGACACAGAUACCUCAUAACUGCGGGCCAUUUAUAAGGGACAAAUUUAGUGCCUAAAUUUGGGGGCGGCUGUACAAAAGGCCCUCAAGGAAUCAAGUAUGUAUAUAGUUAAUUCAGAAGCAUUACCUACUAUGUCCAGUAGGUGGCAGUAUACCCUCACUUACGUUCAUUGCAAGUGUUGCAUCAGCCGUAGCUGCGAUUGCGUUAUGAGGAAAUUACCUUAAGCUCCGGUCAGAUGUGGACUGUUAGCGCUUGAUUCCUGCUAAAUUCACCUGUUCUGAUUAUUCCUGAGUGGUUUUAGUUGGUGUGCGUCAAUGACGAUAUAACCACAUCCAUAUAUAUCUAAUUGUAUAGAUUGGAACCACAGAAAGAAAUACCUGUAUGCCAUACCGUGCUGAUUGCUGAUUCUGACUCAUAAACAUCCAAGUAAACCUACAUCAACCUGAUACUGUCUCCCUGAGUCGUGACUGACAUCCUGUAGCGAAUGCAACAUAUUACCAGUUAACUAGUUCAAUCCUGUCUCUUC